AUGGCAGAUGAUUGCACUUGUGCGAGCGAGAAUGAGCUUAUACAACCAGCAGCAGAUGGUCUGGUCAAUUGUUUGGAGACCCUAAACGUGACGGAACAUGAGACAGGGAACGAGUGGUCAGCAGCGCCCCGAAUUGUUGACUCGUUGGUCGAGUAUAACGCCAAUAUCGGCUGUUACCAGUGUUUCCUCCUUCCAUCAGACGACCGACACAAAGAUGAUGGCUACAAAGUGACGAACGUCUUAACAGCUGAGCACUUGCGUGUUCGAGUGGCAUUUCCACAUGUAGAACUUAGGUAUCACGAUCCGUUGGAUCAUCGUGUGGACACGGUCAUUUGGCAAACAGAGAUUGAGCGCAACGUGGAUGUCACGCAGUGCACGGUCGAGCCAAAGGACGAUCAUUGGUACUUGAGAGUUCCGAUUCGACUGAGUGAUAAACAACCGCUCGGUGGGUUUUCGUCCUUUACGAUGGUGUCUCCUCUCGAGCUGCGGGUGGAAAGCUACGGAUCGUUGAGCUGUCGAACGUGCAAGGCCCAGCUGCUGGAUUGUGAAGAUGGUGUCAAAAUGGACAAAGUGCUGCCGCUUCCGUCAGCGAAUUGGAUGGAUAUGUUUGACUUCUGGGGAGCUGGCAUUGGAGCUUUUGAGCAUAUUCCACGUGAUGAUAUCUGCGCACAGCGACAUCGAGUCCUUGUUGGGGAGUCAUACAUACUGCUACAUGCAAGUGACUUAGUGGCUGAAGCUACGACGGUAGCAGAUGGUGAAGGCGAGGCGACUGUUGCACUCGGAGACAGUGCAAAGGAAGAGCGCGAGUGGAUCCCGCUGACUUGUGCAAAUUGCUCUGAGCGCGUUGGUCUGCGCAACGUGGAGCAGCCAGACACCGUCCGUUUGCACAAGCACGUUCUUAUUGCUCGUCACUUAGCAAGAGCUCGUGUGGAAAAGGAUCUUGUAGAGCAAGACCAGGAGGCGGAAGACGUCUUUGGCGAGUACACUAUUGACAGCAUUUUGAGCGCCAAGUUGUUAGAAACGGCAGACUCAGAUGGAAUUUUCCGGUUCGUCUUGACACCGUCAAACGACAAGCACGAUUGUGCCGACUUGUCGUCUGGGAACCAAGGGGGUACGAGUGCUCUCUUGCACUUGCAGUUGCUAAGCUGGGAGACGAUGAUCAAGCAGCAGGGUUCGAACAAGUUUCGGCGAGUACUGAAGGUGCUAUACGGUGGUCGUCAAUCGACGUCAACAAUUCAGGAACGUUUGCCUGUGCACACAGUAAAACUACCACCAACGAUGUGCCUGACGAUUGCCGAUCGGUUACAAGCCAGCUCGACAUUACUGCCAUCGUCCCUACGUACAUUCAACCGGAUGAACGUCGGCUAUCUGUAUAACUAG